UCACACUCACUCACAUGCUGCAGUCAUUCAGAGGCACAGCGUGGAGGCUGCACAUACACACAUCAACACGUUUAGAGCGACAUGGCAAGACUACCUCACCGCUGUGUGAUGAUAUCAGUGUGUCUGGCAGGAGCUCUCCUACUGCUGCCGCUCUGCUUGGGUGUCGAGGAUGACCAAUAUAAUCUUGACUACGAGUCUACUGGAACCCCGGAGUAUGACUACAAUUCAACAAUCGAGUUCUCGUUCUUCAUCAAUGCCAGCAGUGAAGACCUAGAGAAAUUUUUAAUGGGAAGAGAAACAGAGACAGAAACAAAAGGAGAAAAAGAAACAGUUGGUGGUGGGCAUGAAGAAAAGCCCACUGAGCCCACAAUCUUUGAUACGGAUCAGGCAUCUCAGUCAACGCCUCUAUGUUCCCUUCUUACUUUGGUUCUGAUGGUUCAUCCGCUGCUCAGACUACUAUAGCAGACACACUGCACAUUACAGGACCCUGUUACACAAUCUGAACAGAAGUCCAGGAAGAAGAAGAGGAGAUGGACAGAUAACCUGAACGUAAGACAUGUGGACAUCCAGUACAGACAGACACACAUGCUCAUGCACUCA